CACGAGUACUUAAUGUCGGACAAUACAGGUCCGUUUUUACUUGCAUUUUACAGACAUCGGUUUGUUACAAAAGUAUUAAGUUUUGAAGCACUCUAUCUUUAAAAUUGAUUGGCGGUUUUCUUCAGACUUUUAACAAUAUAAAAGAAUGUCUUCUCGCGAUGGUGGUAAGAAAAAGCCUCUUAAGGCACCGAAAAAGGAACAAAAAGCUAUGGAUGAUGAGGACGUAGCGUUCAAGCAAAAACAAAAGGAACAACAGAAAGCUCUCGCUGAAGCGGCAAAGAAGGCGAGUCAAAGGGGACCACUGGUCACGGGCGGUAUAAAAAAAUCCGGCAAGAAAUGAUCUUAUUAAAAUUGACGACAGUCACCAAUUUCGUGCGCACUAUAUUCUUAUCAAGACAUAAUUUUUGAUAUUACUAAUUAGUGUAUCAAUCGAAGUACCUUUCAGUCCUCCUGCUCUGAGAAAUAAUUAAUACUUGUAAAUAAAACAGUCAUGGAUUAAAUCACAAUAAUACGUGCAUUUAAUAGGCGUUUAUAUCUUUCCGUUCGAUGUGAGGAUGAAACAAGAAUACUCGGAGCUUUUCAUCAACAUGUUUCGUACGUUUGUAUCCUCAUCGUUCAAGUACAAAUGUGAUAGCAAUAAAAUAAGCAUGAU